UCUAACUUUAAAAUUAAAUUUUGUGAAUUAACCAAAUUAUACUAAAGGGACCAAAUUUGUAUAAAAAAUCAAUUAUUAACAAUACAUAAUUUAUAUUCGGGGGAAAUGGUGCUGAGUGGAAAACAUUACAAAGUGAUAAUAAUGAUGAUCCAUUAUUGAUUGUAAACGAGUGAUGCAACGUUGCCCAUACAUAAGCGAGAUGAAGGGUAGAUUUUUAAACACGAGACAAGAAACUGUAACAUUAGACACUUUAGAGCAAGCUAACUUAUUGCCAGAAAGUAGACCAGAAAGCAAUCAAAUGAGUUCUGAAGCAUACGGAUCACACAUCAGUCCCGCGCACCAACGUACACCUUUGGUGCCUCCGGAUCUUGGCGAGGACUUUAGUUUAAGUAACGACGAGAUUAUCGAAAUUGAUCCGAGAAAACCGAAAAAUGCAAAAACUUCUCUUUUCAUUGUCACCAGUUUGGUAUACGCGAUGAUUUUAGUUGUUGUUUGCGUUUCCUAUGUCAUCAGCGACGUUACGACACAUCGAAUACCCGAAAUUUAUUACGAAGGGUUCUUCACGUAUUUGUACGGUGCGAGUAUACUCUUCUUGUUGUACGUCUUCUGUUUCCUCCUGCAAGAAAGUGCAUGUUGCAGCGGCGGAAGUGCUCCAAAGAAACCGAAAGAAAAGAAACCAAAGAAGCAAAAGUCAAAGAAGGGAGAUGAAGAAGGAAAGGCAGGAAAAGAUGGAAAGGGAAAAGCGAGUCCGUAUCAGGAAGACACCGCUGAUGUUGAAGCAGCUGUCGUUUCGCCAUCGAGACAACGGAAAACUACUCAAGAUGCGCACGGAAGUUUCUUUUUGCGAAUUGGAGCGAUUGCAUUUGGCGUUGGAACGAUGAUUUGGACAGGUUUGGAAAUCGGAACAUUUUUCGAAACGCCCUUGACGUCGCCUUGUCAUCAAAUCCUGAAAGGCGUAAAUCCGUUAUUGCAAAUGAUUUUCACGUUCUUGCAAAUGUAUUUCAUCUUCAUGAACUCUCGGGUCAUUUUGAACAUCCAUCGUUUCAAGGUCGUUGCUCGUUUCGGAUUGAUGCAUGUCGUUGCCACGAAUCUUUGUGUCUGGAUCCGUACUUUGGUCAUGGAAACGCUCAAGGAAAUCACGAAUUACUAUCAUAAUCGCACGAAUCCCGAAGAUAAUGUCUUUUUGGAGCAUUUGCGACAAAAUAUCAAGCAAAACGAGGGACUUAUUUUGGGCGAAGAACAACGCACAGUCGCUCCGGACAUGGAAUGGGAGCCCGUUCAAUCGCAACAAAGCUUCAAUUUCCAAGAUGUAGGCGAAAGUAACCUCUUGCAGAAGAUUGUACAGACGACAGUUGGUGCUGUUGAGACUACAACUCGGGAAUUUUUCACAAAUCCAACAACAACAACAACUACGAUGAAGACGACGACAACAACUGUUCCAAGUACGACAACCCGAGCAGCGAUCAAGAAUGUUUUUGAAUUCCUCACGACGCCCUCGACGACUCCAUCGACAACAACUACGACAACUACUACGGAGGCAACAACUGAAGCGACGACCAUUGCUUCGACGAUCGCAUCGACUUUGAAGACGACAGCAGCGACUUCUACUGAAUUUUUCCGCGAAAUGAUCGAUGAUGGCGAAAAUUAUUUGAAUUAUCGUAAGAAUGCGACAAGUAAUUUGGAUUCGACUUUUGAGAGUUUGGAUGCACUUUUCCCCGAGCCGUUGUUUGCGUUGCCCUCGAGUCAUCCGAAUGGAACUCACUGCGGAAAAAUUAACAUUAUGGGAACAAUUGUGAAGGAUUCGUCGCCAUAUUUGUAUCCGUUCAUCAUUGAAUAUUCCUUGAUUGGCGCCGUCGUUCUCUAUGUCAUGUGGAAACAUAUUGGAAGAUAUCAAAAAUCGACAACCGGCGAAGACCUCGAACGUCGUUUGGAAGUAAUGCUCAGUCGUCGUGCCGUUGCUCUUGCUCAAUCUCAAACUCGUGUCGACUGCGUUGGCGCCUCCAAAGGACUCUUCUUCGGACUUUUAUUGCUCGUUGGCUCGCUCAUCUGCUUGAUCCUGUACUUCGUUCUCGUUCGUCAUCCCCAAUUGUCCGUUUUGGCAAUUCGUUUAGCUGACGUCUCGCACACCGCAUUGCUCAUUCUCACGAUCCUGGCAAUUCUCAUCGGCUUUUGCCGCGUCUCCUUGCUCAAAUUCCGCAUCGAAGAUCAAAGCAACUUGAACGACAUCCUGCUCCGUAUCUCGGCAUUCGGACUUUUCGUCUAUGCCUCCUUCAGUAUCAUCGCGGGCGCUCUGAAUGUGAUGGAAAGCGAACCGAAUUUGCUGGUUUUGGUCACGCAUGGCACGAGCGUUUUGCAAGUUGUGUUGCAGCUGCUUUUCAUUUCGGACGUUUCGCGACGACGUGUGCACUUGCCGGAACAUGACAGAUCCAAACCGGGCAGACAAAUCGUAACAUUCUUGUUGAUCUGCAACAUUUCAAUGUUCGUCAUUUACACAUUGGAGCUGCAAAAGGUGUUUGCCAACCCUGUCCAACUUGAUUUUUAUGGAUACAUUUGCUGGUGUCUGAUUCAACGUGUAACACUUCCAUUAUGCAUUUUUCAUCGUUUCCAUAGCGCCGUUACUCUAGCCGAGGUAUGGAAAACCACAUACAAAGCCAGAUUAGAGUAAAUUGAGAAACAUGAGAUAAUUUCCUAUACAACAAAAAAAAAUCAACAUAAAAAAUUAAUAUUAAUAAACGAAUAACCAAAAAGUAAUGCCAAUUCCAAAAAGUAAAAAGUAACCUUAUAUAGAGAUGUUUUAAUAAGUAAUAUUUUUAUCAGUAAAACGACCAUAAAAAAAUAAAAUUUAAAAAAAAUCCAAAAUAGCGAAAAAAAAAUCCUCCAAAGCAAUUUUCUUCCCGCUAUAAUGA